GGAAGGAGUAGAUUUUCUUUUUUGCAGACAACGAUUAAAGGAAAAGUUUUUUUCAUUAGAAGUAGAAAGAAGUCACGAUAGAGAUAUUGUGGAGUAGGCUUGCUUAGAACAGAAAUCAAAGACCAAUUUUUCUGAGAGAAAGAAAUAACAUCUGCAAAUGAAAUGCUGUUUCUGCAACUUCUGUUGCUAGUUGUUCUCCUCCCAGGUGGUGACAAUAAAGAUGACUUCCAGGAACCAGUCUCCUUCCAACUCAUCCAGAUCUCAUCCUUUUACAACCGUUCCUUAGAAGAAAAUCUGGGCUCAGGUUGGCUCGGUGAAUUGCAGACUCAUCGGUGGGUGAGCAACUCUGGCACUAUCAUUUUCCUGUGGCCCUGGUCCAAGGGCAACUUCAGCAAUGAGGAGUGGAUGGACCUGGAAGACUUACUUCAUAUGUUCUCCAUUGGAUUUCUUCAGAUAUUUCACAACUCUGUCAGUCAAAGGCAGCUUGAAUAUCCCUUUAAGGUACAGUUGGCAGGAGGCUGUGAGCUGCACUUUGGGGAAGCCUCUGUAGGCUUCAUACGGGUUGCUUAUCAAGGAUCAGAUUUCCUGAGCUUCCAGAACAGAGCAUGGUUGCCAUCUCCAAAUGGUGGAAGUAGGGCUCAGCAUGUCUGUACGCUACUCAAUUCGGCUACAGUUGCCCGGGAAAUAUUACACAAGAUUUUCUUUGAAACCUGCCCACGUUUCCUCACGGGUCUUCUUGAUGCAGGGAAGGCAUAUCUCCAGCGACAAGUAAGGCCAGAGGCCUGGCUGUCCACUGGUCCCAGUCCUGGUCCUGGUCGUCUGAUGCUGGUUUGUCAUGUCUCUGGCUUCCACCCAAAGCCUAUUUGGGUGAUGUGGAUGCAGGGUGAGCAGGAAUAUCCGGGCACUCAGCGAAGUGAUGUCUUGCCCAAUGCUGAUGGGACAUGGUAUCUUCAAGUGUUCUUAGAUGUGGAAGCCAUUGAGGCAGCUGGCCUGUCUUGCCGGGUGAGACACAGCAGUCUAGGAGACGAGGACAUCAUCCUCUACUGGGAACGUCACAACUCCAUGGGCUUGAUCAUCUUGGCAGUCAUAGUGCCCCUUGUGCUUCUGACAGGUCUUGCAUUUUGGCUUAGGAAGCGCUGGACAUACCGUGAAUUUCCAAGCACUUCUCUCCCUUUGGAAUGAGAUCCCAGCAGCUCAGGGGUCCAGACGUAUCUAAACCCAACACAGUGAUGACAUCCAUUCAACUCUUCUUGUACAACAAUUUGUUGUUGUUUACUUUUGCUUAAUUGUCAGUUGUCCGUAUAAGCUGAAUGUAAUAUUGCAGGAUUUGUUGUUCUGACCUGGGUUCUGGGGCUUAAAACUCAAAUUAUAACUCUGAAAGAUAAGGUCCUAGCAACCUCCACAUAUUCAAAUAUCAGGUCCAUUUCAGAUGUCACCUCCUCUAGAGGGCCUUCCUGAUUUACAAGUGGAAGCAGUCUGUGCCUUAUCUGAACUCCAAGCACACUUGAAUUGUACUUUGCCGAAUCCAAUCCUCACUUUCUGCCCUUUGUUGCAGCUACUUGUGCUGCUCUUCCUUUUAGAAUUUUUAAGGUUUGAGAGCCAACUCCAUGUCUUUUUAAUAUUCAUGUCCUUGGCAAAGUGUCUUA